ACACACCCUUACUUUGCUAUUUUGACUUCAGUCUGCUAUAAAAUUCUCCAGCGAGAAGGUGUGUUUUUCAUUCUCUAAAGUAAAUCAAGUAAAGAACAGUCAAGAUGCGUGAAAUUGUCCAUAUUCAGGCUGGUCAGUGCGGAAACCAGAUCGGUGCCAAGUUCUGGGAGGUGAUCUCAGACGAGCACGGCAUUGACCCCACCGGUACCUACCAUGGAGACUCUGAUCUCCAGCUCGAGAGAAUCAACGUUUACUACAAUGAGGCCACCGGUGGUAAAUACGUACCACGUGCCAUCCUCGUGGAUCUCGAGCCCGGUACCAUGGACUCCGUAAGAUCCGGACCAUUCGGACAGAUUUUCCGUCCGGACAACUUUGUUUUCGGACAGAGUGGAGCCGGAAACAACUGGGCUAAAGGCCACUACACAGAGGGCGCCGAGCUCGUUGACUCCGUCCUUGAUGUGGUCAGAAAGGAGGCAGAGAGCUGUGACUGCCUUCAGGGAUUCCAGCUCACACACUCCCUUGGUGGCGGUACCGGAUCCGGUAUGGGAACUCUCCUCAUCAGCAAAAUCCGCGAGGAAUACCCAGACAGAAUCAUGAACACCUUCUCCGUCGUACCAUCUCCAAAGGUAUCUGACACAGUUGUGGAGCCAUACAACGCCACCCUCUCCGUCCAUCAGCUCGUUGAGAACACCGACGAGACAUACUGCAUCGACAAUGAAGCUCUCUACGACAUCUGCUUCAGAACUUUGAAACUGACCACUCCAACCUACGGAGACUUGAACCAUCUGGUGUCUGCUACCAUGUCAGGUGUCACCACAUGUCUCCGAUUCCCCGGUCAGCUGAACGCCGAUCUCCGUAAACUUGCUGUCAACAUGGUUCCCUUCCCACGUCUCCACUUCUUCAUGCCAGGAUUCGCUCCCCUUACCUCUCGUGGUAGCCAGCAGUACAGAGCUCUUACUGUCCCCGAGCUCACCCAGCAGAUGUUCGAUGCAAAGAACAUGAUGGCUGCCUGCGACCCACGUCACGGACGUUACCUCACCGUCGCCGCCAUGUUCCGAGGACGUAUGUCCAUGAAGGAAGUCGACGAACAAAUGUUGAACGUCCAGAACAAGAACAGCAGCUACUUCGUUGAAUGGAUCCCCAACAACGUCAAGACCGCCGUCUGUGAUAUCCCACCACGUGGUCUCAAGAUGUCCGCAACCUUUGUCGGCAACAGCACUGCCAUCCAAGAACUGUUCAAACGUAUCUCAGAACAGUUCACCGCUAUGUUCCGUCGUAAGGCUUUCUUGCAUUGGUACACAGGCGAGGGUAUGGACGAGAUGGAGUUCACUGAAGCUGAAUCCAACAUGAACGACUUGGUCUCUGAAUACCAGCAGUACCAGGACGCCACCGCGGAGGAGGAGGGUGAAUUUGAUGAAGAGGAAGAAGAAGCAUAAUAAGUGCGAUCAUGAACUUUAUUUCCAUAUGAAAACUUAUAUCCGCCAUAUUGGAAACUACGCACAGCGGAGUAAUCAGUUGAUUCCUAAGUUCACAAACUUAACUUUUUAUAUAAUAAAUAUUUGAAUGAAACAGAAUAAAACUUUACUCAACCCAGAUAAUAAGUAUCUCUUCCAAAAACAAAAAUUGACAAUACAUUUCGAUACAAUAUGUUUUUACGAUCACAAAUGCAACGCUUUCUUUCUCUCAUAUUUGUAGUGAUAUCAUUCUUUUUGUUCUUUUCUGUUAAAUUGUUAAAACUGUUACGGUAACGUAAUAAAUAGAAAAAUGUG